UUUCCAGAAAAGGUGGCAACACUACAUACCGCCCAAAUGUAUAUUCUAGGCAAAAAAGAAACAAGAAUCAGAUACACUUGCCAAAAAUUAGAAUAACCCCAACAUUUCGGCAUAAUAGCCUCGUCAGUUCCCUUAACAAAGGCUAUUAUUAUUUUUUAUAUUGUGUAUUGCCUUUAUAUAAAGAAACCUUCUUUUGUGAUACCAAUUUGUAAUUUAUUUGAGUGUGCAAGCCCAGUAUAUACGGAAAUAGUGCUAAUUUUGUUAUUAUGUGGGGGGUACUUUUUGGCUGUUUGCACCUCAGUUUUUCAGCUUUAUUGGUGCGCCUUUCAUUGAUUUGUAUUUUUGCCCUGCGUCAAUAGGCACACUCUGUGUAAUUCGCAAGAGGAUGACUAGUGCCUCAGAUAUUGCCAACUUCCCUGGUUUUAACCAAGCAACAAAUGAAAAUAAUGGUAAUGAAAUAAUGCACAAAUUGGCAGGAGGUGCUGUAUGUUGAUGCAGCUGAUGCGACUUGCAGUUGCAUAGGUCCAGUUCUGGUAUGGAAUCCAUCUAUAUAUGGAACAAGACUAAUCUCACAGCCGUACUGAGCUCUAGCAGCCUCUUGUGGCCUAACCCUGCGCCGCUGCUCAUUUAUUUGGAUCCAGGCACCUCCCCUGACUCACACACCCACCCUUCCUUUACUACUUCAUUGAUUCCAAACAUCCAAAAGCCAGCCCCCUGAGUCAGUUCAGAGAAGCAAGACUGCUCAGCUACACACAGGGGAAAGUAAAUAGUGCCUGAAAGAGCCCAAGGCAGAGGGAGAUAAAGUGAAGUUGCUGCUCACAAUGCCUCUAACAGGCUACUUUGCAGCUCAGCUAUGCAGCAUCUUUCUGUUUGUUCUUGCACAUGCAGAGGCCGGGCAGCAGGAGGACACUUUGUACAUGUGGAUUGAUGCUCACCAAGCCAGAGUAUUAAUAGGCUUUGAGGAGGAUAUUCUGGUUGUUUCAGAGGGGAAAAUGGCACCGUUUACUCAUGAUUUUAGAAAAGCCCAACAGCGAAUGCCAGCCAUACCUGUCAACAUCCACACCAUGAAUUUUACCUGGCAAGCAACAGGGCAGGCAGAAUACUUUUAUGAGUUUUUAUCACUGCGAUCGAUAGAUAAAGGAAUCAUGGCUGAUCCAACUGUGAAUGUACCAUUACUGGGAACAGUGCCGCACAAAGCUACAGUUGUUCAGGUUGGGUUUCCUUGCCUUGGAAAUCAGGAUGGUGUUGCUGCUUUUGAGGUUAAUGUAAUUGUUAUGAACUCGGAAGGCAAUGUAAUUCUUCAGACGCCGCAGAAUGCCAUCUUUUUCAAGACAUGCCAGCAAGCAAAAUGUCCUGGAGGAUGCAGAAAUGGAGGUUUCUGCAAUGAUAGGCAUGUCUGUGAAUGUCCUGAUGGAUUUUAUGGCCCACAUUGUGAAAAAGCACUCUGCAUGCCACGAUGUAUGAAUGGUGGCCUCUGUGUAACUCCUGGAUUGUGCAUCUGUCCACCUGGCUAUUAUGGCAUCAACUGUGAUAAAGUAAACUGCACUACACAUUGUCUCAAUGGAGGAACCUGCUUCUAUCCAGGAAAGUGCAUUUGCCCAUCAGGAUAUGAAGGCGAACAGUGUGAAACAAGUAAAUGCCAGCAGCCCUGUAGAAAUGGCGGGAAAUGCAGUGGAAAAAACAAAUGCAAGUGUUCCAAGGGAUACCAGGGAGACCUAUGCUCAAAACCUGUUUGCGAACCUUCUUGUGGAUCUCAUGGUACCUGCACUGAACCCAACAAGUGUCAGUGCAAAGAAGGCUGGAAUGGAAGAUACUGCAACAAGAGAUAUGGAUCCAAUCUCAUGAAUGCCCUAAGGCCAACAGGGUCCAGAAACAGACAGCACACACCCUCACCAAAACGGACUGAAGACAGACAUGUUCCACCCGAAUCCAAUUACAUCUGGUGAACCCAUCUGAAACAUUUUUACAUUGCACAGAAUGCACCACCUUCGUUAACCUUUUAUAUGUUGGAUGAUACAGUCCUGUUUACUGAGACUCAUCCCCAAAAAUAAAAACCACUGAUAAAUGUACUGCUCA